AUGGUUACAGAAGGAUAUGAUGAGGCGAUUAGAAGAAUUGGAGGAAUGAGUGAAUCAUUGGCAGCAGUGAAAAGAGAUUGGGAUGAAAUGCAUGGAAAGAAUGAGAUGAUUAGGUGAGGGGAGCUUGGAUUUUGAGAGAUUUCAUAACUCAUUAUUUUCCAGAAACACAAUUGUUCAAAUAGAAUCGCAAUUGAAAGACGGAAAAUUGGACACAAAAAUGAUAUCGGAUGAAAUGGAAUUAUGCCAAGAAAGAAUGGAUAAUUUGGAAACAAUGUGCAAUUUUUUGACUGAUUCUCUUGUUUCACUCAAACAGGAUAAUCGAUCAGAAAAUUUGCCGGAUUUUAAGAAGGAUUUGUCGAUUUAUAGUAUUGCUUUGAAGACAUUGAAAGAUCGGUUAGUGUUUUGGAAAAUUUGUGAAAAAUAUGAGCAACGCCUAGAAGUUUUUUUUCCAAAAUGAAAAUUCGAACUGCAUAAAUUACAAUGUUUUUCGAGCUGCAAAUAAUUUCCUUGUGUAGUUUGAACUACUGUAUUCCGAACUCCUAAACACAGUUAUCUUUAGAAACAGUUUUUUCUAACCAAAAUUUUUGAAAAACAAAUAAUUAGUCACUUUUUUUUUCCUUUUUCCCGACAGUUUAUUGUUUAUAAUAUUAUUUAUAACAAUUUUACAUUUUGUACAGUUUUUCCUCUUUUUUCUUUUUUCUCCCCCAAAAUAAAUCUAUUUUUCCAGACUUGGUGAAAUUGAUCGAAUUCCAACACCACCUCUAAUGCCUGAAACAAUUUCAACUCAAACAUCUGACGAAAUCUCUGAUCAAACAUCGACGGAAAAUAUGGAAGUUUCGCAAGUUGUUCAAGAAACUAUUGGAUCAUCGAGAACUAUCAAGAUCCUAUUUGCACUGUCUUUUAUUUUUGCAUUGGCCGCAAUUUGUUAUUAUCACAUUUUCUCGAAACAUUUUGGACCACAUUUGGAGUAUGUUAAAGGACCACCACCAUUUUAA